AUGCAAAACAUUUUUAAUGGUCUACGUCCAGCAAUUCCAUCACAUGUUCCAAAAUUAAUAGCUAAGCUUAUUAUGAAAUGUUGGGAUGCGAGACCAAAUAAUAGACCGGCUUCUGAAGAAAUAUAUGACAUUUUAAGGAUAUGGAUUAACGAUAUUUCAAAAAAUAGUUCAACAGAAAUUGUUGCUCAAAUUAAAGAGUGCGAAGAAACAUUUAAUAACCUUUCAAAAUCUGAUGGAUUAACAACAGCAUAUUACUAUAAACCAUAUCCUGAGGCAAAAUAUACUAGCAAAUUCAUUGAAUAUACUAUUCAUCAGUCAGUGAAUGCAUUAAAUUAUGAUAAAAAACAUGAUGUAUUAGUCAUGCCGAAAGAAAAUGAUAGAAAUCUACAUGUCGAAUUAUUAGAGCUAUACAUCAGCCGCGCCAAACCAGGAAAGGAAAUGCAUAAUAACAGGAACGGUAUGCAACGAAGAGCGUAUGUAUGCGAUUCUCAGCAUCCGAUUGGAUGA